UAUGUGCUGUGUUCUGUGGGUAAAAUCAAACCAAAUAAAUAAAUACGAAAUACGAAAAGUUUGAAAAGUGAUGCUAAUCUCUAUAAUUUUAUUUAUUUUGUUGUAUUUUAAAACAGUGGGAUACAAUAUUUAACGAAAAAGUCCUUCUGUGACCUGUGAAGCCGAAAAGUGACUAAAAAACUUCAACAAAAUGUCGACUUAUCUUUACUGUGAUAACAAUGUUAGAAUUUAUGUGUAGAUAUUUGAUAUAAUGAGCAAAUCUAAAACAUCUAAAAAAAUUACGAAAUGCAAUCUUAAACAGACAGACAUAUUUACCGCUUUUCAAAAUUGGAAAUCCAUCAAAAAAGAAAGGGACAUGAAAAAAAUUGCAUUAUCAGCUGAAAUAAUAGUAAUUUCUGAUUCUGAUUCAGAAUCAGAAAUUGAAAGAACUAGCUGUACUAACAGUUUUCCAAAGAAGAAAAGACCACUUGCACAACCAUUUUCGGAUGAUGAAGAGGAACAAGUUACAACAAAUUUUCCACCAUCGAAACAAGUGAUAGUGAAAAAAGAGGAUAUCUCGGAAGAUGCUGAAACAAAUAUUUUGCCAAAAUUAAAAAGACCUCUAUCACAUAGUUUCUCUGAUGAAGACACAGAAGAAAAAAUUCCAAUUAAUUAUACAGGGUUCAGUAAUGAAACAAUUCCAAUUGAAUCAGGAGACAGUCCAAUGUAUCCCGCUGCUUGUUCAACACCCCGUCCUGUAUCAAAUCUUGGUGAUGAUUUAGAUACUCACGUCGGUCGGGAAAUCUUGGAUAUUUCCCAAAUAGAGAAAAGUGGUUGUAGCCCAGCUACCUCUACUGAUUCUGAAAAGACGGUAGUAGAAAAAGAAGUAUCACACACAGGAAGGGUUCAAAUAAUAAAUGCAGUAAUCAUUAAACCGAACAACAGUAGUUUUUAUACAAAUACUACAGUUCAAGCACAGUACUCCAGUAAUACCGAAAGCACUGGAAGUCCAUCGGGUAGUUGUUCUAGAAAUACUACCGUUAUUCCCCAGUGCUCCAGUAGUACUACAAGCAUUGCAGGUACUAGUAAAAAAAGAAGCAUUCAACAGGAAAAAGAUGCCAAAAAACUUAGAACAAUGAACACAGAUGCAGCUUCAACAUCAGAAAAAUUUCAGCAAAAUAUGGUUUCUCAAGAAUUUAGAAAAAAUGGGUCCACAUCCACUUCUACAUGUAAAUGUGAUUCGAGAUGGCUGUCUAAGGAAAACAAACCUGAUUGCAAUAAGAAUAAAAGAAAGAGUGACUGUCCAAGACUAGGAGAGAUCAAGAAAUGUGUUGUAGCAGAUAAAAAAGGAGUAAAAGCAUUAGGAAAAGAUAGCGUUCAAAAAAACCAAAACAAGAAUACACAGCAACAAGUUGAUAAUACUCUAAAAGUGUCAUCGAAGGAAAAUGUACAUAAUUAUUCUAAAGGCGGCAGUACAACCGAUAAAAAUGAGAAUUUGCUCCUCACUGUGAACAAAGCAAUCGAUAGCGACAGAUCGGGUGCUAAUAUUUCUCCCAACCAGAACUGUUCCUGUAGAGAAAUAAGUCCGGAAACGGUAUCAAAAUGUGAUAAGACUGCAAAUAGUAAUGGUAGCCCAAAGAAAAGCUUGGACAAUACAAGUUCUUCUCCAGGCAAAAAUAUCGUACCAAAAAAGGAAGAGAAGAAGAUGAACACAGAGUCGCUCAUAUUAUUAACAGGUUUGUUUAAGACUGUUUUUUCCUCUAAGCAUGUAGUAAAUAAUCUUCUAGAAACUGAAAGAAAGUUGAUUAAAAACUUUUUAUUAAUGGACAUUAAAUUCCAAUACGUUUGUUUGAAGCUUUUUACUAGGCAGAGGAAGUGGUACAAUGCUUUUAAAUUCUGCAGACUUAUUAAUCUUGACAUGGAGGAGACUGAGGUAUGUGAAAUGGUCAAGAUUUUUGAACAACAUCAAAUUGUCGAUACAACGUAUAUGGACGAGAGUGUACAGUAUUUAUUGCAACACCUCGACAACAUCGACUUAAGAGGUAUUUGCGACAAGUUCAGACUUAAAAAAACUUUAAGCACAAAGGAGGAAAUGGUCAGAUAUUUACUAAAAUAUUCUAAAACCCAAUCCACAUUAACUAUUCAGAAAAGUACAAAUCAAUUAUUAUUAGAAGAAAUAGAACGUAGGAUGGGCAGGUGUAUCAGACUAAGCGAAGCAUUCCAUAAUGCUUUCUAUUCCACUUAUGCCCUUGGAACUUUUGUCAAUGGUAUGUUUUUAAAUAUAACUGAUUACUUUUCCAUUAUAUUGUGGAAGAAGGCGGAAUUUCCUGACUAUCCCAUCGAUGAAUAUGUUAUAUUUAGCAGCAGAAAUGAUUUUGUCAGCUACAUUAAGGCAAGAAAAUAUCGAGAUGAAUUAGAGAAGUGUACCGACCACUUACUUAGUUUACAGCUAUGUAAAACGAUCUUUGGGGAAUUGAAGACGCUAGAAGAUGACAGGAGUGACGUCGAGAGAUUCGAGAAUGCUCCACAUCUAAUUCGAUACACGGCGAAAGCAGUAUACGUCAGCACACUCUCCUUCAUGGCCGAAAGACUCUAUUCAAAAUUUCCAUCUGAUGUCAAGGUGUGGCUGGAAUACAUGAUCAAUAAGGUGAAUUGCCCGCACAAAAUCGGCCACUGGUACUGCCUUUUAAUUUGGCUGUACAUGAAGUACUUGAAACCCUUUAAUUAUGACCACGCCGCUCAAUUACUGAUCGAGGUGCUGGGUGAGAAGAGAGAACAUUUAUCCGAGGUCCAGCUGUAUCAGUUGCGCAAAAGAGGGGAGCAGCUGAACUGCACUAUAAAGUAUAAAAUACUGCUGAUGAAUCAUGAUCUCAUCGCUGAGCUAUUGCCGAAACGUAUCAGAGUGGAAAUGUUUCCGGAAAACCCCGUCAAUGCGAAGGCUAUAAGAAGUAACGUUUCAGGAAAAAAACGCAAUUACGAGGUAAGAGAUGCGGAGGGAAACAAAAUCAUAUACAAAGUAGAGGAUAUCGCCUUAAACGACUACCUGGAGCGGCUUCGUUACACAGGAGGCGUCCACUGCGAGGGUUCCAUCAUUAAGGCCACGUUUACGCUGUUCUUCUUCGACAUCAUUUACAGCGCUAAGAAUAGCAUACCUGGAACAUUCGUAUCAAAGAUACAAUGUGAGCCUUUAGAUAUGAAUACUCGCUACUUCUAUCCAAACCGAAAAGUAGAAAUAGAUAAACGCUUGAGAGAAAUCGAAAGCGAAUGGUCUGAUGCCAAAAUUAUAAAAUUUCUCAAGGAUAAUUAUGAAAAACAUUCGCAUGAGUUUGCAGUGUGCGAGAUCGGUGUCAUUAUAAGUGACGUCAAAUUUCUCCAGGAUUUGGUUGAUUGCAUUGGACGUAAAGUCUUAGCUAAAAUAUACGAACGAUUGGUAAAAAAUUUCAGGGAAUACAGGAGCGGUUUACCGGACCUGCUAGUCUGGAAUGUGGAUAGAAAAGAAUGUAAAUUCGUGGAGGUCAAAGGGGAAAAUGAUAAACUGUCUGUGAACCAAACAUUAUGGUUGGACUAUUUACGUAAAAUCGGGGCAAACAUAGAAGUCUGCCAUGUACAUUCCAUCGGUUCUAAGCGGAAAUUGAAAAAAGUGGUAAAAAAUCUUGAGGAAGCAUCCACGUCAUCGUCUUAAGUUAGUAAAGUGCCAUAAUCUUUUUUUUGAUGAUAGUGAGUGUCGACCACAUUUAAAUUUUACGUCUUGACACAGCCAUGUCGAAAUAUACGCAUUUAAUAUUUUUUAUAUUUUUAUAACCUUAAGUAAAGAAAUCUACAGUUAUUUAUAGAAACGAAAGUAUCACUAUAUUUUUAUAGUACAAAAUUACAAUGUCGGUUUUUUUUUAUUUUAUGCAUUGAUAAUUUUGUCAACUUUUUAUUUUUCAAAAUUACUAUUAUACUUAUAUUUAAAUAUAUAUUUUUUGUAAUACACAGGGCAUCAGCCUAUUAAGAAUUAUAUUUUUACUUUUAUUCGAGUUUUGAAAUAUGUUGUUUU